AUGAGCGAGUUUCUCGGGGUACAUAUGUCGACGGUGGUUUUCGUCCCCAAUGCAACCACCGGCGUCAAUACUGUCCUGCGCAACAUGAUCUGGAACGCCGACGGCCUAGACGAAAUCAUCCAACUAGAUGUCAUAUACGGCGCCUGUGGAAAGACAACAAGCUAUGUCUGCGAAGCGAGCAAUGAUCGCGUGCGCACUAGAGAGGUGCAAUUUGACCACCCUUUGGAAGAUGCCGAGCUUAUUUCCACAUUCCAUACCGCCAUUCAGACAUCUCGAAAGGAAGGGUUCAGACCUCGCAUUGCAAUAUUUGACACCAUAUCUUCCAAUCCGGGUCUUCGCCUCCCAUUUAUCGAGCUCACAGAAAUCUGUCGCUCUGAGGGCGUCCUCAGUCUCAUUGAUGCGGCUCAUGGCGUUGGACAUAUUGAGCUCAGCUUGUCAGCCUUGGAUCCGGAUUUCUUCGUCAGUAACUGUCACAAAUGGAUGUUUACACCACGGAGCUGCGCGGUAUUCUACGUGCCUCAGCGAAAUCAACAUAUGCUUAGGAGCACCUUGCCAACAAGCCAUGGAUUCGUCCCACGUGCUACCGAUGGGACCCAGCAUCCCAGCUUAAUAGGUAAAAGUUCAUUCGAGUCAAACUUCGAAUUUGUUGGAACUUUUGACAGCAUUCCUUUUCUUACGGUGUCAGAGGCUAUUCGGUGGCGGCGAGAAGUUUGUGGUGGGGAACAGAAGAUCCUUAAUUACUGCAAUCAACUAACGAAAGAUGGUGGCCAACGAGUCGCACAAAUUUUGGAAACACGAAUCUUGGACAAUGAGUCACAUACGUUAACUGAUUGCUGCAUGGUUAAUGUACUUCUACCCAUCAGCAUUCCAACUACUGGACCUUUAUCAUUUCUCAUUCAACCUGAUGGAACAAGCAUCACUCUGUCAGACUGGAUGCAACAGGUAAUGAUCAAGGACUAUAAUACGUUCAUGCCCGUUUUUCCUUUUCAAGGGUACUGGUGGGUGCGACUUAGUGGUCAGAUAUAUCUUGAUCACACCGAUUUUGAGUGGGCUGGAUGGAAACUGAAGGAGCUGUGUAACCGUCUACAACAACAGACUAGCGAUAAAAGCCUAGAGUAA